GCGUUGAUGCGGUGAAGGCAUUCCGGCUCGGUGAAGGCACGGCUGCAUCCGUUUGCGCGCAGUUGUCUCACCGUCAACGGCAAGAGCGCGCAGCACGGACGUCAUCGUCAACAGAUAAAUAUCCGCCGCCUGAGUUUCUUGUAUCUCAACACUAAUUUAACACCGUCGACCUCGUCAACGCCCGUCCAAACGCCCCUCAGCGCCCAAUCAACACCGACGCAACCUACCAACACCAUGUCCUCCGCCGACAACGCUAAGGAUGCUCAAUUCCACUUACACCUGCAGAAGGUCCUGGAUAAGCUGCAGACGGAACCGCUCAGCAUCACCACCGAGGACGCUCGCCGUCUGAGCGAGAACUACGAGGCUCGAGACGAGCGGUCGGCCAAGAUCAUCUCCGCCGUGGAGUCUCUGGCGGUCGCCGCGCAGGACGUUCACGAGCAAGUGCCGCAGCUCGGCCAGGGGCCUCAGACCUCCAUUCUGACCGUCGUCAAUGACCUGAAGGCCGCUGUGGAUACCAAUCCUAAGGACGUUACGCCUGAGGUCCUCAAGACUACCCAGGGCAUUGUCAGCAUGAUGCAGCGUGCAGUCGGCCAAACCAACGCACCCCACCCCGAACUCGAAGCUGAGCUCCAGCGGGAAUUCGCUAAGAUCGAACCCAAAGUCGAGCAGGGCACCGUCACCAAGGAGGAAGCCGACUAUCUACACUCCCUGGAGGCCCGCGCUCACGGCCACACUGAGAAGGGAGGUCUGACUGCCCACGCCCAAUCUGUUGCCGCGAAGCGUAGCCGCGCCCUCUCUUUGAGUGACAACACCAACAGCCAAAGCUCCGUUAACGCCACCGUCAAGGCUACCUCUCCCGUCGGCAAGGGCCUCGCUCCCGAGGAGCAAUCUCACCGCGACAAGGAGACAAACCUCAAGAUGGCUGAGCUCACCAUUGGAUCCAAGAUCGAGAACGAGCCGGAGCACAUCACCAAGGACGAGGCGGCGUACGUUCAGAGCCGCGAGCACCGCGCCCAUGGCCACGUCAAAAAGGGCAGCGUCGCCGCUGAAGCCCUCCACUUCGCCGACAAGAACCCGACUGUAGAGGCAAACUAGGGUAGCGAUGGUUAUGGGAUACACGAGCCCGGAGGCUUCCAGGCCCUGUUCAGAUCAUGAUGAUGGUGGACGUGGACAUGGGUAUGGAAAGGUUAGACGAAUCAUGGAGAUAUGAGGCUCUUUGGCCGCUGAUCAUGAAGCAACGAUAAUGAACAUCAUGUACCCAAUGGAAUUCGCUUGUUGUUGCGAGGUGCC